GUGAAGAUGACUAGUCAUCCUUUUUUAACGAAUAUGACUUGGACGUGGACCUGGUGGCUGGAUACGAUCAGCAACCCUCUCGACUUUCUAUAUAUCUCUUCUGCCGAACUACCCAGCCCUGGUUUUAUACUAUGGAUUCUCAUGGCGAUAAUCAUCAUUCGCUUCCUUCACAUAUUUGGAUCUCCAGCUGUGCCCCAAGUAACAUUUUUUGAAAAAUCAAAGAAUACCACGAUGAGGCAGCUCAUCACCGGAAUCGACAUGCUUAAGGAGCCGUACCGCCCACCCGGUCUAUGGGGCAGAUCUGGCCAUGUACAAACGGCUGCUUAUGGUCUUCUUGGACAUGCUUCACUUCGCAGAACCUUUGAUCGACGAGCUGCAGUGCGUCUUAAUGAUGGGACUACUGUCACUUUUGAUAUUUUUGAACCUACCGCUAAGCAUGAGAGCGGUCUUGAUCUCACCCUAGCUCUUACGCCAGGAAUCGCCAACAGUAGCGAGAGUAACUAUAUUCGAACAUGUGUGCAUUAUGCACAAGAACGAGGUUAUCGCUGCAUUGUUCUCAAUCAUCUUGGAGCGCUGGCAAAUGUUAAACUUACAGGGAAUCGCAUUUUUUCUUAUGGGGGAACCGAUGAAUUACAUGCUAUGAUGAAGCAGGCCUUUGUCGACUAUCCCAACGCAAAAUUCAUCAGCGUUGGUUUCUCAAUGGGAGCUAAUAUCACUACUCGUUUUCUUCUAGAAACAACCGAGGAGGAGAGAAAUCGCAUCCUUAUUGGCCUAAGCGUUGGCCAAGGAUAUUCGGCUACAAAAUCCGUCACACUCUAUCAGCAGUGGGAAAAUGGUCGUCGAUUCUAUAGCUAUUGUAUCACGGAGAAUAUGAAACGUCUACUACGUCGUAAUUACGAACAGGCGGUUGCACCACAUGUGGCCAGUGGUCUUGUCGAUGAACAGAGGCUUUGGGCCGCAACUUCAGUUUUUGCACUGGAUGAGAACUACAAUAGACGUGUGGCAGGGUUCCCAAAUGUGGAAACUUUCUAUGAAGAAUGUUCGUGUUUGGACCAUAUCCAUAAGCUUAAAGUGCCAAUGAUUUUCCUGAACGCUGAGGAUGACCCUAUCAUUCCCAAAUGCUUAUGGGAACCCGUCAAGGAGCUCGCUUCCCGUUCUGAGGACAUCGCAUUCAUAUUAACCCGUCAUGGUGGACAUCUAGGGUUCUUGGAGGGUAGCUCAUUCGCGCCACAUUCAGUCACCUGGCUCGAUCGUUUCAUAGUCCAAAUGGCUGAUAGAGCCGUUGAAACCUAUGCUUCGUAGUAAUUAAGUCUAGAAUCUCACACAGUGAUCCUAAAUCAGCUGCUUAAUCUAAUUAAUAUACGUAAUAACCUGCUUACUCCCAUUAUACGUGCAAGUUCAGAUAGUUCAUGUACUCCCUCACAGGUUGUCUUUACCCGGGUACCCUUCUUCUUCAUGUGUACUGUGUGAUUCAGAAUCGUGACCAAAGUCGCUUUAUAUUAGGUUAGAAUUAGCGAGGUUUUCUAUGUCUGUACAUCUUCUGAACAGAAAUUAUAAUAAGCAAUCACAUUCCAGCCUUGAAUGUUUGCUUGUAGGUCCUCUCAUAUAUCGUGCU